AUGUCAGGGGAAGAGCAUGCUGGUCCUUCCGGAGAGCCGAAAAGGCGCAAAAAAGACAAUAAUAGCCGGAAUUUCGGUGAUGCAGUGACAGGAUUAACGUUGAGUGAAGUCAAAGACAUUCUUAAAAGUGUAGAACCGGAUGAUUUGUACAUUAGCAGUAGUGAAGAAGAUCUUUUCGUGGACAGCGGAAGCGAAUAUAUACCUUCUUCGGGCAGUGAGAGUGAAGAUCCUGAAAUAUAUCAGAUAUCUGAUGAAGUGCAAGAUCUAUUAAAUAUACCAGAAGAUAAUGAGGUGCAAGAGAACGAAAGCUUGAUAGAAGGCAGAGUGUUGGAUCAAAAAGAGUUGGAAAUAAUUUGGACGAAAAAUGAGUUUAAUCCCCACAUACAUGAAUUUGAUCUGACCAAUGCUGUGCUACAAGAUCCAAAUCUGACUGAAAAGUCAUUGGAAAUUGACUAUUUUCUAAGAUUAUUUACAGAAGAAAUCGCAGAAGUCAUUGUACAAGAAACGAAUAAAUAUGCAAGACAACAAAAAGCCGAAAACUGGAAUGAUAUAGACAUUUCUGAUUUAUAUGUUUUUCUAGCUCUAACGCUACUUAUGCCAAGGAAUAAAAAAUUAGAAUUAAAGGAGUAUUGGUCCAAAGAUAUUUUACUUCACUCUCCUAUAUUUGCCCAACAAAUGUCCAGGGAUAGAUAUUUUAUGAUUCAACGCUAUAUACAUUUUUCUGACAACGAAGUUGCACCAGAAAAUAAUCGCCUGUAUAAAGUAGAAAACAUAUUAAACAUGUUGAAACAAAAAUUCCAGACAGAGUUUCAUCCAUUUCAAAAUAUAGUGAUAGACGAAAGUAUGGUCCUCUUCAAAGGGCGAUUGAGCUUUACGCAGUAUAUCAAGACAAAAAGACAUCGUUUUGGGAUCAAAUUGUAUGUUCUUUGUGAUUGUGAAACUGGUAUAGUUCUAGACUUUAUAGUGUAUAUGGGUAAAGAAACAAAUGUAAACACUCAAGAAACACAUAAUCUCUGCAAUUAUAGCCUUGGUAGUACUGGCAAUGUUGUUGUCAAACUUUUGGAUUCUUAUCUGAACAAGGGACAUUCCUUGUAUACUGACAAUUUCUAUACAAGUCCCGUUUUGUCUACUUUCCUCUAUGAAAAUAAGACUAAUUCUUGUGGAACAGUUCGGCAAAAUAGAAAACAUAUGCCCGCAUUUGAGCGGAAAUUGAAAAAGGGUGAAACGGAAUGGAGAACUAGUGAUCACUUGUUGGCUUUAAAGUGGAAAGAUCGUCGGGAUGUUGUUAUGUUAACGACAAUGCACGAGAACAAAAUAGUUACACUGCCACAGAUUGACAGGAGUACCAAUGAAAAUAAAAAAAAACCUUUAUGUGUAAUACAGUAUAAUCAACACAUGGGAGCAAUUGACAGAUCCGACAUGCUUAUAAGUUCAGUGGAUUGUACCAGAAAAAGCAUUAAAUGGUACAACAAGUUGUUUUUUCACGUCAUUGAUGUAUGUCUUCUUAAUGCCCAUGCAAUGCUUUCAGUUCGGUGCGAGAAGAAAAUUCCUUUGUCCAAAUUUCAUCUGGCAGUUAUUAGACAAUUACUUGAAAGAUAUCCAUCAAAACUUCAGAGACCCAGUACUUAUGAUCUUGGAAAUGCUAGGUUGACGCAGCGUCAUUUUCCCGAAGAGGUGCCCCGUAAAGAAAACAACAAAUAUGCUGUUAGAAGAUGUUGGGUUUGUUCCCACAGUAGCAAGAGUGAAAAGAAAAGAAAGGAAACGCGAGUUAUGUGCGUUCCGUGUAAUGUUGGACUGUGCAUUUUUCCUUGUUUUAAAAUCUACCAUGAGCAAGCCCAUUUUUAA